GAUCGGCUCACUCCACCUCUCGGCGUCGGCUCCUUUUCCUGUCUGAGUUGCAUGUCGGGAGCGCGGAAAAAAAAAAGGCCCGGGUUGCAAAGAGGCCCCAAUAUAAGGGAUGGAAAAGUGACUAUUGGAAGCAUGUGCGUUUGGAACCAAAGGGAGAAAAGUGGUGUGCCUUUUUACUACACGUGUGCAAGAGGACUAAGCACACCUACAUUCAAACAUGCCUUCAGCCCAUCUUAAUUCUGCCUCCCAUCGGAAUAUGUCUGUUCUUUGCCGUCUGCUUCUCUGGGCAGAGAAAAGGUGCUGGGAUGGAUUUGGUGGAUGGAGGAGGAGUUAUUCCCAAGGAAGUAAGCCCGAUCUUAAUAAGCAAGUGGGGAAAAUGGACCAUCUAAAAAAUAAGGAACAAAGACAAAAGCGGUUGUGGAAGAAGAUGGAGGCUAUUGAAGCUCAGAUGGCUGCUGGGCCCAAGGAACCUUCAAAUCAAGACAAGACCCUUUCCUCAAAAAACAUCACAGAAUAUGACAUCCCAACUAUAGCCGGACAGAAAAAAGAUACCUCAGCCCCUUUGCCUGCCUCCUAUAGUCCACGCUAUGUUGAAGCUGCUUGGUAUCCUUGGUGGGUGAAAGAAGGUUUUUUUAAACCAGAAUGCCAGCAACACCUGCCCCACAGGAAGCCAGAAACGUUUUCUAUCUCUCUCCCGCCACCUAAUGUCACAGGAUCCCUUCACCUGGGGCAUGCCUUGACUGUGGCUAUUGAAGAUGCUUUGGUACGAUGGAGACGAAUGCAAGGCUAUCGAGUUCUAUGGCUUCCAGGUUCUGAUCAUGCUGGAAUUGCAACCCAGGCGGUGGUAGAAAAAAAGAUCUGGAAAGAACGGGGAGUUUUACGGCAAGAUCUCUCACGUGAUGAAUUUCUCCAAGAAGUUUGGAAGUGGAUCGAGGAGAAAGGGAAUGAAAUAUUCAAACAGCUGAAAGAGAUGGGAGCAUCUUUGGACUGGGACAGAGCUUGCUUUACUAUGGACUCACGUUUCUCUCAAGCCGUGACAGAGGCCUUUGUGCAACUCCACGAACAAGGCCUGAUAUAUCGAGACAGGCGCCUGGUGAACUGGUCUUGUGCCUUGCAGUCGGCCAUUUCUGACAUUGAGGUGGAGAAUAGACAGAUAAAAGGACGGACAAAGCUCUCUGUGCCUGGGCUUGAGGACAAAGUGCUGUUUGGAGUAUUGGAGACAUUUGCUUACAAAGUAGAAGGAGAGGAAAGCAUGGAACUUCCUGUAUCUACCACCCGCCCUGAGACAAUGUUCGGUGACGUGGCCGUCGCCAUUCACCCAGAUGACUCGCGCUAUUUGCACUUGCAUGGCAAGAGUGUGCGCCACCCAUUCACCGGACGUCUCCUUCCUAUCAUUACGGAUCCAGCAGUGGAGGUGCAGAUGGGCACAGGGGCUGUGAAGGUCACUCCAGCACACAACCACAUUGACUACAAACUGGCCCAGAGGCACAAUUUGCCGCUUAUUUCAGUUAUUGCAGAAAACGGCACGAUGACUGCAGAAUGUGGAGAAUGGGUGCAGGGACUGCAUCGAUUCCUGGCUCGAGAGAAAGUGUUGGCUGCUUUGAAGGAGAAAGGACUCUAUCGGGGUGCUAAAGACCAUUGCUUAGUCCUUCCUGUUUGCAGCCGCUCUGGAGAUGUGAUUGAAAUCCUCUUGAAGAAUCAGUGGUUUGUCCGAAGUGAAGCCAUUGCUCAAAGUGCCUUAGAGGCUGUGGAAUCUGGAUCUUUGAAGCUCAUCCCACAAUUUUAUGAGAAAAACUGGAGGACGUGGCUCUUGAACAUCAAUGACUGGUGUAUUUCUCGACAACUGUGGUGGGGUCAUCAGAUUCCAGCCUAUCGGGUCAUGCUUCCUGGGUCACCUGACCCAGAAGAGCAGAAGGAGAGCGAUGGGUUAUGGGUAGUGGGCAGGACGGAAGCAGAAGCUCGGACGAAAGCAGCUAGCUUGCUGGGAAAAUCUGAACAGCAGUUGGAGCUGGUGAGAGAUGCUGAUGUCUUGGACACUUGGUUCUCCUCCAGCCUUUUCCCUUUUGCUGCUUUGGGCUGGCCCCACAAGACAGAAGACCUCCAGCAAUUCUUUCCCAACAACCUUUUGGAGACUGGGAGUGAUCUUCUAUUCUUUUGGGUCGCCCGGAUGGUGAUGCUGGGAAAACAGCUAACCGGAGAACUGCCUUUCUCUCAGGUGUUCCUUCACUCCUUAAUCCAUGAUGCUCAUGGCAGGAAAAUGAGCAAAUCUCUUGGGAACGUGAUUGACCCUUUGGAUGUUAUUCAUGGGGCCUCUUUGCAGGUCCUACAGCAGAAGCUAAAGGACAGCAAUUUGAGUCCACGAGAGCUUGUCAUCGGUUCAGAAGGCCUGCUGCAGAAUUUUCCUCAAGGAAUUGCUGAAAGUGGCUCUGAUGCUCUAAGGUUUGCUCUCUGCCGUUACGAUGCCCACGGCACCAGUAUUAAUUUAGAUAUGGCAGACAUGGAAAAAGCCUCCCAUUUCUGUAAUAAGGUGUGGAAUGCCCUAAAGUUCACUUUUGCAGCCUUGAGGGAAAACUUUGCCCCUCUGGAUCCAGAGCAGGUCCUCCCAAGCUUUCCGAUGGACCAGUGGAUCUUGAGCCGACUCUAUCACACAGCAGAAUAUUGCACCCAGCACCUUGAGAACUACAAAUUGCAUUCUGUGACCAAUGCUAUUUAUCUUUUCUGGGUGCAAGAUUUUUGCAGUACCUAUCUGGAAUCUGUUAAGCCCAUCCUGAGGAGUGGAGAUCCAGUUCAUCUUUUGCCUACUCAGCAGACUUUGUACAGUUGUGUAGACCUGGCUCUGCGCCUCUUGUCUCCCUUCAUGCCUUUCCUCACUGAGGAGCUGUGGCAGCGGCUUCCCAAGACAGACCUGGAGACGUCUCCUAGUAUCUGUGUAGCCAGGUACCCAAGCCCUGAACAUUUGAAACAUUGGUGUAACCCUGAGGAAGAGGCAAAUUUCUUGUUAGUGCAGCAAAUUAUCCAAGUGAUACGCUCCAUGAGGGCAACUUACCUGCUGACCAAAGCUCGACCAACAAUAUAUCUGGCUUGCUCAGAAACAGCCCCCCGGGCUGCCUAUGAGAAAUAUCAGGAGCCGUUACAGACAUUGUCUUUGGCUGGAUCUGUGACUCUUCUCCCCAAUUCUGAGGAAAUAGAGCUACCUCUGAACUGCCUGGCUGUGAAAGUCAAUGGUCAUACUAGCGUUUAUAUGGAUGUGCAGGAUUUGGUGGAUCCUCACAAAGAACUCCUCAAACUGACAUCUCGUCAACAGAAAUUAAAGCAACAGCUGGCAAAUCUCACAGAAAAACUUCAGAAGCAAAAUUCCUUAAAAGCCAAAAUGAAUCAUGAGCAAAAGAUUUCCUUGCUUCGUUCACAGCUGCAGCACAUAGAGCAAGUGCUUGCCACUUUUCAGAAAAUGGCCGAAUAGCAGGAUGCUCAACUGACUAAGGAGACCUAGUAGAUUUACCCUGUUCCAGAUAGCAGAACUAACUCCAAAGCAGAGGAUGCUGAGCUUGAGGGCAGAUCCUGGAAGGUUCACGAGAGUUUAGGCAUCACCUUCUGUGGUGGGAAUUGAUCUUAGAGUUAUUACUCAGGGUUUGUUGGCACCAGCCCAGUUUUAGAAGCAUCAGUGAUGAUGGAAGCUGAAAAAAAAUAUUAGAGCCAUCAUGGUGGCAUCUGCCAUGAAACCUUUUUUUCCAUAUCAAUGUAUUGCUUAGAAAUUGUUGGGAUAGAUUAUUUGAACAAGGAUAUGAAUGUGUGACAUAUGUCAUAGUUUAUUGCUCUAAUUCUCUAAUAAAGAGGAAAUGGGCACUGUAUUUUUCCCGUACGGAUAAUUUCCUUUCCAUUAGCAGGGAUGAUCAAAAGGAUAACAUUUUGGGGCCUUUUGACUACACAGUUCAGACUGCUUCACUUCGCUUGGCGUAUAAUAUUUUUUGGUACCCUAUUAAAAUAUUUAUGUUUUUAAAAUGCUUACUGUUAUGAUACGUUAUGUUAUAUAUAAGUUAUGAUAUGUUAUGUGAAGGGACAUGGUGGCUCAGUGACUAAGACGCUGAGUUUGUCGAUCGAAAGGUUGGCAGUUCAGUGGUUCGAAUCCCUAGUGCCACGUAACGGGGUGAGCUCCCGUUACUUGUCUCAACUUCUCCCAACCUAUCAGUUUGAAAGCACGUAAAAAAUGCAAGUAUAAAAAUAGGGACCAUCUUUGGUGGGAAGGUAACAGCUUUCCAUGCGCCUUUGGCGUUUAGUCAUGCCGGCCACAUGACCACGGAGACGCCUUUGGACAGCGCUGGCUCUUUGGCUUUGAAACGGAGAUGAGCACCGCCCCCUGGAGUCGGGAACGACUAGCACAUAUGUGCGAGGGGAACCUUUACUUUUACUGUUAGAAUUUUUUUUUAAAAAAAAGGGGUUGGUUCUCCAAGUUGGAGUCUAUGGAGAUCCUUUAUUGAAGGGCAAAGGAGUUCAGGACCAUGGACAGUUCACUCCAGCUGGUCAUAAAGCCAAGCUGUAGUUGGAGAGUUGACCUGAUACAGGUAGUCCUUGACUUAUGUGACAGUUUGAAGUUCUGAUGGACGUACCUGAGGAGUGCUUAUAACCUGGAUUUAAAAUUCUGGUGGUUUUAUUUAUUUAUUUAUUUAUUGGUUCUAUUUAUAUGCCGCCCUUCUCCGGAGACUCAGGGUGGCUUACAAUGCAUUAAACAAUAGCCUUCAUACUUUUGUAUAUACCUGCUUAGUAGGGCUUUCAGCCCCCCCCUAAGCGAUGUUCUUUUUAUACAAAGUCAGCUUAAUGCCCCCACAUUCUGGGUCCUCAUUUUACCUAUCUCAGAAGGAUGGAAGGCUGAGUCAACCUUGAGCCUGGUGAGAUUUGAACUUGCAGUAAUUGCAGGCAGCUGGCAGCUAAGUGCUACUUAACAGCACUUUAGUCCACUGCACCACCAAGGCUCCUGGAUGGCAGAGGAUGAGAUAGCAAUAGAACAGCACGUUUCACAGGGCUUUACAGCCUUCUCUAAUGGUUUACAGAGUCAACAUAUUGCCCCCACCAAUCUGGGUCCUCAUUUAACCAACCUCAGAAGCAGGGGUGGGUUCCACUUAUCUGUUGUGGUCCACCAGCAGCCUGCGGAGCUGGCAGCGGAUUCGGACAGCGAUGAGGCUGAGGAAGAACAUGGGUCAGUCCUGGAGGCUGGGGAAGGCCCGGAUGAGGGCUCUGCGUCGGAGGCAGAGAUGGGGCCAGGGCCAUCGGGGAGUGAUGCAUGAACUUUGGAGCCUCCAGAGGCUGACAGUAGAGAGGCAGAGGAACAGGAGGAGCCUGUUCCUAGUGCAUGCAUGAGAAGAGCUGCCAGAAGGCAAGAGCAGAUAAAGCAAAGAGGACGACUCGGGAAUAGGGCCAAGAGAUGAUUGGCCCCUCCCAUAAGGCUUAAAAGACCAGCAAUGGCUCUUGGGCUCUUUGUCGGAAAACAACGUUGAUAAACUUGUUCUUGUCUUGCUGCACUUAUCUCUGGUUGGCGUUUUCUGCUUCUGAACUUUUGCCAAGAGAAGCCUUUGGCAGUUUGCCUAAUUAUACCAAGGUUGGUGAUUAGACUGAAGAAUUUGUGUUAUUAAGAGUUUGUUUUAAUUUAGUUUGGACUACGCUGAGAAUGAGUUAGUUCUUAACUGUUCUAAUAAAGUCUGUUUGUUUUGGAACUGUUUGGGUCGACUACUACCUACUUGAGCCUGGGUCACAACAUUACCCUUACUACCGGUUUGCAACGGAGCGCAAAAAUUCUCAGUUAAUUGUUACCUAAGUUGGUCAUUACACUUAACGAUAAAGCAGCUUGUUUCCACAUACCAUAUAGCACUUUUCAAAAAAUUAAAAUAAUCUGAAAACUAUGGAGACUAAUAUCUUAAUUAGCAGUGGUAUUAAUUAGGUAUUGCUUGCCUGCCUCUGGCUGAACUGGAUUUCUAAUUGAAGCAAAAAUAAAUAAAUAACAAUAAUCAGGAACUCAUGCCUCCUGGAGAGAACAUUUGUACAUUAUAAAAAAAUUGAGACUAAAGCUUUUAUACCUGUUACAUUAUCACCAGGCUCAAGGUUGACUCAGCCUUCCAUCCUUCCAAGGUGGGUAAAAUGACCCAAAUUGUUGGGGGAAAAUAUGCUGACUCUGUAAACUGCUUAGAGCUGUAAAAGCACUGUAAAGCGGUAUAUAAGUCUAAGUGCUAUUGCUAUUAUAUACAGCUUCAAUUAUCUUAAUAAACUGGACUAAUUUUCUUUAAAAUAAGGAUUUGUUGUAGAGAAAAAUAGGAUGAAGUUCUCUGCCUUGAGUUAUUUAUUAAUAACAAUAAAGGUGUGAUAUAAACAAACAAACAAUCCUUGACUUACAACCGUUUAUUUAGUGACCGUUCAAAGUUACAACACUGAAAAAAGUAUCUUAAGACUGUUUUUCAUAUUUAUGACUGUUGUAGCAUCCCCAUGGUCAUGUGAUCAAAAUUCGGAUACUUGGCAACUGACUCAUAUUUAUGACGGUUGCAUUGACUUGGGCUCAUGUGAUCACCUUCUGUGACCUGACAAGCAAAGUCAACGGGCGAGUCAGAUUCACUUCACAACUGUGUUACUAACUUAACAACUGCGCUGAUUCACUUAACAACUGUGAUAAGAAAGGUCGUAAAAUGGGGAGUGGGAGGCACCGUUUUACGGGGGUUCUUCUCUUAUCUCUCAGGUCGGACGCAAGCUGUGUUGGCAGGAGGGCAGAGAUCGACCAUGAGGCCCCUCAAUUGUGGGGUGCCUGGGGUCGGUUCUCUCACCCCUUCUGUUCAACAUUUAUAUGAAACCGCUGGGGGAGAUCAUCCGUGGUUUCGGGGUAGGGUAUCAUCAGUACGCUGAUGAUACCCAGCUUUUUAUAUCCACCCCAAACCAGCCCAGUGAUGCCCUCGACAUGAUGUCCCGGUGUCUGGAAGCGGUAUGGAUCUGGAUGGGGAGGAACAGGCUUCAGCUCAACCCUGCCAAGACUGAGUGGCUGUGGAUACCGGCAUCUCGGUUCGAAGGUGAGAUUGCAUCGCUGACUAUAGAGGGUGAAAUUUUGCCCCCUGCAGACAGGGCGCGCAACUUGGGUGUCCUCCUGGAUUCACGGCUGAGUUUAGAAGAUCAUAUAACAACCGUGACCAGGGGGGGCAUAUGCCCAGAUUCGUCUGGUCCGCCAGUUGCACCCCUAUUUGGACCGAGAUGCCCUACGCACAGUUACUCAUGCACUAGUUACCUCCCGUGUUGACUACUGUAAUGCUCUCUACAUGGGGCUGCCCUUGAGGACCACUUGGAGGCUUCAACUGGUACAGAAUGCGGCCGCGCGGGUUGUGAUGGGAGAGUCCCGAUACUCCCAUGUUACACCCCUCCUGCACGACUUGCAUUGGUUGCCGGUUGCCCUCCGGGUGAGAUUCAAGGUGCUGGUGAUGACCUAUAAAGCCCUACAUGGCUUAGGCCCAGGAUAUUUGGCGGACCAUCUGCUGCCAGCAACAACUGCCCAUCACCCGGUGCGUUCUCACAGGGAGGGCCUGCUCCGGGUGCCGUCGGCUAGACAGUGUCGGCUGGCGACCCCCAGGGCGCGCCCACCCUCUGGAAUCAACUCCCCCUGGGGCUCCUGUUGGCCCCUGACCUUCGUACCUUCCGCCGCAAAUUAAAAACAUGGUUGUUUACAUCGCCCAGCCUGGACUGAGAGGGUUUUUAGAGUUUGGGGGUUUUAAUAUAACUUAUAUACGUACAUUAUGUAUUUUAUAAUUUUAACUGAUUGUUUUAUUGUUGUGAGCCGCCCUGAAUCUUCAGAGAUAGGGCGGCAUAUAAAUUUUAUUAAUAAAUAAAUAAAUAAAUAAUAAAUAAAUAAAACUCACUUAACAAACAUCUCCCUUAGCAAUAUAAAUUUUGGGCUCCAUUGUGGUCGUAACUCAAGGACUACCUGUAUCCUGGGUUGUGAAAUUUUGAUCUCUGCUGCCAUCUAGUGAUUGCCUGAAUUUUUAUAGCUCAGAUCUGAGGUUUUCAUAUCUGUGUGCCUGUCAGUGUUGACUCUGGCCUGGACAGGUUCCUGUGGUUUUCCUGGCAAGGUUUCAGAAGUGGCUUUCCACUGCCUCAUUCCUAGGGCUGAGAGAGAGUGACUGGCCCAAGGGCAUCCAGGCAGCUUAUGCCUAAUCUGUAUUAAAACUCAUUAAAACGUAAGCCUGGCACUUUAACUACUACAUCAAACUGGCUCUUAGAUGUGAUAGCCCUGCUCUAAAAUACAAGCAGUGUCAACCUCCCCUUCAUCACAUUUGAGCUACAUUUAAUCAAAAUGAUGUUAAUUAAUUGUGGGAUAGUUCAUUUAUUGCUUUAUUGGAUUUUUAACUUUGCCUUUGUUACUUCAUUGGGUAUGUUUCAAACCAGUGGUGAAAUCUGAAUUUUUUUACUACCAGUUCUGUGGGCAUGGCUUGGUGGCCGUGGUGUGGCUUGGGCAUGGCUUGGUGGGCGUGGCAGGGGAAGGAUACUGCAAAAUCCCCAUUCCCACCCCACUCCUGGGGGAAGGAUAUUGCAAAAUGUCCAUUCCCACCCCACUCUGGGGCCAGCCAGAGGUGGUAUUUGCCGGUUCCCUGAACUACUCAAAAUUUCCGCUACCAGUUCUCCGAACUGCUCAAAAUGUCUACUACCAGUUCUCCAGAACCUGUCAGAACCUGCUGGAUUUCACCUCUGUUUCAAACCCAGAGACACCAAUAACCACCAUAUUACUCCUUUGCACCUUUCCAAUUGGCCAACGAAGGAUUUGAUGUCACAAUUCCUUGUAUUUGCAUACGGGUGGGAAGGAUGGACGCCUCAUAGAUACAUAUUAUGAAGCUCUCCAGCUGCUACAUCACAAGGCAGUUGUAUUUCUCUAGCCAGCCAAUCACACCUGUCCUUCACCGAAUCCAAUUCCCAGAGGUGGCAAGAGGACAGACGCCUUUGUCCCUAAGCCCCAGAGCUGGCAGCGAGAAAAGGAAAAUGGCUGCUGCUGCCCAAAAGGGAAAUAAGAAGAAAGCACAGCGGCUUCCAGGAGGGAAGACCCCAUGUAAGUUAAUACAACCCAAGGAGAAGAAACCAGAACUCAGACAAAGCAAACAGGACCAAAAAACACCAACUGUGAGGCCGGGGAAUAAGAGGAAGGAGAUGGGAGAGGCUUCCGGUUUGCCUGCGCCUAAGACGUCUCGGUUGGGCCACCAAAGGAAAGCUCGCUUGCCUGCGAAGGCCAGUGGGAAGGCAGCUCCCUCCACCAGGAGCAGGGCCACCCGACAGGCCUCUUCCAAAGCUAAAAGGACAAACGUUGGCAGGAAUCUCUGUUUCUUCAGUUCCAAAGACCUUCAGUAUGAAGUGAACGAGUUAAUGCGCAAGGAACUGACCGCACGCAUGUUUUCCAGCAACCCGCGUGGCCAUCACUGACCAAGCUGUACCCUUUUUCUUCUUGGGGCCCGUUGAAGCAGACACUCAAGGCGGGGAGGAAGAAAAAGCAUCAACUGGCCAGAGCAAAAUCCCAUCUCAGAAGAUCUGACGUUUCGAUUUAAGGUGCCUAGAAACCCAACCAUCUUCUAAGUCUCUAGAAAUUAUUUUGUCGAGCUGCAGCCAUCCUUAGAACUCAGUAAUCUCCCCCUAAAUGCAAGAGAAGCGCAUAUUUACCCAAAUAACUUCAGAGAAAAACGUUCCACUUAUAGAGAAAGUCCUUCUUUUCACUGGAAAAAAAAAAUCGAUUUUCAAGCGUUAUAUAAUUUUUUUCAAGAAAGGAAACACUCUGAGUUAUUUUCAUGCUAAUAAAAUGGGAUUUUAGAAUGA